AAGUCAUGGGUAGCUGUUGUAGCUGUCCAGAUAAAGACACUGUCCCAGAUAACCACCGGAACAAGUUUAAGGUCAUUAAUGUGGAUGAUGAUGGGAAUGAGUUAGGUUCUGGCAUAAUGGAACUUACAGACACAGAAUUGAUUUUAUACACACGCAAACGGGACUCGGUAAAAUGGCACUACCUCUGCCUGCGACGCUAUGGCUAUGAUUCAAAUCUCUUUUCUUUUGAAAGUGGUCGAAGGUGUCAAACUGGACAAGGAAUCUUUGCCUUUAAGUGUGCUCGGGCAGAAGAAUUGUUCAACAUGCUACAAGAGAUUAUGCAAAAUAAUAGUAUAAAUGUGGUGGAAGAGCCAGUUGUAGAAAGGAAUAAUCAUCAGUCAGAAUUGGAAGUUCCCAGAACACCUCGAACACCUACAACUCCAGGGUUUGCUGCUCAGAAUUUACCUAAUGGAUAUCCCCGAUAUCCGUCAUUUGGAGAUGGCUCAUCUCAUCCAUCAAGCAGACAUCCUUCAGUGGGCAGUGCACGCCUGCCUUCAGUAGGUGAAGAGUCUACACAUCCUUUGCUUGUGGCUGAGGAACAAGUACAUACCUAUGUCAAUACUACAGGCGUACAAGAAGAGCGGAAAAACCGAGCAAGUGUGCAUGUCCCACAUGCCCCAUUGGAGGCAAGGGUUUCUGAAAGCAACACGCCAACAGAGGAGCCAAGUAGUAUAGAGGACAGAGACCCUCAGAUUCUUCUUGAACCCGAAGGAGUCAAAUUUGUUUUAGGACCAACUCCUGUUCAAAAGCAAUUAAUGGAAAAAGAAAAACUGGAGCAACUUGGACGAGAUCAAGUCAGUGCAAGUGGAGCAAAUAACACAGAAUGGGACACUGGAUAUGACAGUGAUGAACGAAGAGAUGGUCCCUCUGCUAACAAACUAGUGUAUGAAAAUAUCAACGGGCUAUCUAUCCCUAGUGCCUCAGGGGUCAGGAGAGGUCGUCUGACAUCCACCAGUACCUCAGAUACCCAGAACAUCAACAACUCAGCUCAGAGGAGAACUGCUUUAUUGAAUUAUGAAAAUUUGCCAUCUUUGCCUCCUGUUUGGGAAGCCCGCAAGUUAAGUAGGGAUGAAGAUGACAAUUUAGGACCAAAGACUCCUUCUCUAAAUGGCUACCAUAAUAAUCUAGAUCCAAUGCAUAACUAUGUAAAUACGGAGAAUGUAACAGUGCCAGCAAGUGCUCACAAAGUAGAAUAUUCCAGGCGUCGGGACUGUACAGCGACAGUCUUUAACUUUGAUAUCAGACGUCCAAGUUUAGAACACAGGCAGCUCAAUUAUAUACAGGUUGACUUGGAAGGUGGCAGCGAUUCCGACAACCCUCAGACUCCAAAAACGCCGACCACUCCCCUUCCACAAACCCCUACCAGGCGCACAGAGCUGUAUGCUGUGAUAGACAUCGAGAGAACUGCUGCUAUGUCCAAUCUGCAGAAAGCACUGCCACGAGAUGACGGUACAUCUAGGAAAACCAGACAUAAUAGUACUGAUCUGCCCAUGUGA